UCUGACGCGGAAGGAGGCUCCGGAGGGGACCGGCGCAGCCAGGCCUCUGGGCAACUGAGAGUCGGGGCCACCCCCUUGGGCUGUUCUCCAUGAGGAAGAUGCUCGCUGCCGCUGUCUCCCGCGUGUUGUCCGGGGUCACGCAGAAGCCCGCUAGCAGAGUGCUGGUGGCAUCCUGUAACUAUUCAAAUGAUGCGAUGUUUGCAAUUAAGAAAUGUGAUCUUUAUCGCUUAGAAGAGGGUCCCCCUGUCACAACACUGCUCACCCGGGAGGAUGGGCUAAAAUACUACAGGAUGAUGCAGACUGUUUGCCGAAUGGAGCUGAAGGCAGAUCAGCUGUAUAAACAAAAAUUUAUCCGUGGGUUCUGUCAUUUGUGCGAUGGUCAGGAAGCUUGUUCUGUGGGCCUGGAGGCCGGGAUAAAUCCCACCGACCAUGUCAUCACAUCCUAUCGGGCUCAUGGCUUGUGCUAUACUCGUGGACUCUCUGUCCGAUCAAUUCUUGCAGAGCUGACAGGACGAAGGGGAGGCUGUGCUAAAGGAAAAGGAGGAUCGAUGCAUAUGUAUGUCAAGAAUUUCUAUGGGGGCAAUGGCAUUGUUGGCGCACAGGGGCCCCUGGGAGCUGGUAUUGCUCUGGCCUGUAAAUACAAGGGAAACAAGGAGGUCUGUUUGACUCUUUAUGGGGAUGGUGCUGCGAAUCAGGGUCAGAUAGCUGAAGCUCACAAUAUGGCAGCUUUGUGGAAAUUACCCUGUGUUUUCAUCUGUGAGAAUAACCUCUAUGGAAUGGGAACCCCUGUUGAGAGAGCAUCAGCCAGCACCGAUUACUAUAAGAGAGGAAAUUUUAUCCCUGGACUAAGGGUAGACGGAAUGGAUGUUCUAGGUGUUCGGGAGGCAACUAAGUUUGUAGCUGACUACUGUAGAUCUGGAAAGGGGCCCAUAGUGAUGGAGCUGCAGACCUACCGGUAUCAUGGACACAGUAUGAGUGACCCUGGGAUCAGUUAUCGUACCCGAGAAGAAGUUCAGAAUGUGAGAAAGAAGAGCGAUCCUAUUAUGCUUCUCAAAGACAGAAUGGUGAACAGUGAGCUUGCCACUGUUGAGGAACUAAAGGAUAUUGAUGUUGAAGUGAGGAAAGAAGUGGAGGAUGCAGCCCAGUUUGCUCUGACUGAUCCUGAACCACCUUUGGAAGAAUUAGCUCAUCACAUCUACUGCAAUACUCCAGCUUUUGAAGUUCGUGGUGCAAACCAGUGGAUCAAGUUCAAGUCCCUCAGUUAAAGGGAGACUUAUGUAAAUUUACUUUUAGUCCUUCAUGGGAAUGUUCAUGGUCCACUUUAAGAAACUGUGUGCCCAGUUUGGCUAAGCAGGAAUAAAACCCAUUAAAUAAGGGCCCUGUAAACUUUUAUUAAAAUAAAUUGAGAUGAUUAAGCGACUAUUAGAAGAGAAUAAAAGAGAUCAUUGAAAAAAUGUA